GUAUAGAGACACCUCAGUUACCCAGACACCUCGGCGCUUCAGAAUUCGCCGCCGCUGAUCAGACGAUCCAAUGCGCAGGCGUGAGGGUCGCAGAUCUUUCUGGAAAUCGCACAUGCGCUGCGUGAACAAGACCCUCAGGAGGAUCGGCAGCAGGUUAGAAUCGGCAGAAAAUUUGUGUAUGGGAACCUCAAACACAACACCACUUCUGUUUUGCUGUCUCUGUCCAGAUAUUUAAGGAUUGACCAGAUAUUUUCUUGGCAACAUCAUCCCAGCUGGAAACGCACUUUGUGUCUGAAAUGAACUUUUCUUUUGUAACUCUGUGUAACCCAGUGGAACCAGGGUGUUCCAGCAUUUAUUCACUGGAGAUCAGUUUUCAACUGCAUUGAUUAUGCAAGGGAUUCAAAAUGCCUGACACCUGACUUUCUGAAUUGCCAGAGAAUUGAUUGCAGUGCGAUAUCAUUCUCCUUCUCUCAGCGUGGGAAGGGAUUCACUCACAGCUUACCUGCAGCCACACAGUGAAUUCACAGUGGGAAAAAGAUCAUUCACCUGCUCUGUGUGUGGGAGGGGAUCUACUCAGUCAUCCAGCCUGAAGAUACAUCAGCAAUUUACACCGUAGUGAGAUUCUCCACGUGUUCUGACUACAGGAAGCAAUUCACUCUGCAAUCAAUGCUAAAGGUAUAUUAGAAAGUUCACCAGUGAGAGAACGUUGACCUGCUCAGACUGUGGGAAGAGAUUCAGUCACUCAUCCCAUCGUGGACACAUCACUGAGUUCACCGGGGAGAGAGAUUGCUCAACUGUUCUGCAUGUGGGAAGAGCUUCACUCGGUCCUCUGAAUACCUGACACACGACUGAGUUCAUACUCAUUAGAAGCUUUACAUCUGCUCUGAUUGUGGGAAAACUUUCACUCAGUCAUCUAACCUACUGACCCAGCGAUCAGUUCACACUGAGGAAAAGCCAUUCACCUGCUCAGACUUUGGGAAGGGAUACACUCAGUCAUUUCACCUGCUGGUACACCAGUGGGUUCAUAUGUGAGAGAGGCUCUUCCCCUUUUUUUGUGUGUGGAAAAGGAUUCACUUAGUCAUCUUUUCUACUGGCACACCAGUCAGUUCACACUGGGGAGAUGCCGUUGACCUGCUCAGACUGUGGGAAGGCAUUCACACACUCAUCCACACUACAGAGACACCAGCGGGUUCACACUGGGGAGAAACCAUUCACUUGCUCUGAAUGUGGGAAGGGGUUCACUCAGUCAUCUACCCUUGUGUCACAUUACCGAGUUCACACUGGGGAGAGGCCGUUCACCUGCUCUGAAUGUGGGAAAGGAUUCACUCAGUCAUGUCAACUGAAUGAACAUCGGCGGAUUCACACUGGAGAGAAACCAUUCACCUGCUCAGACUGUGGGAAGGAAUUUACUCGGUCAUAUCAUUUGAAAGUACAUCAGCGACUUCACACUGGGGAGAGGCCAUUCACCUGCUCAGACUGUGGAAAAGGAUACACUCGGUCAUCUCACCUACUGAUACACCAGUUAGUUCACACUGGGGAGAGGCCGUUCACGUGCUCAGACUGCGGGAAGACAUUCACACACUUAUCCACACUACAGAGACACCAGCGAGUUCACACUGGAGAGAAACCAUUCACCUGCUCAGACUGUGGGAAGAACUUCACUCAUUCGUCAAACCUGCAGAAACACCAGUUGGUUCACACUGAGGAGAAACCAUUCACCUGCUCAGACUGUGGGAAGGGAUUCACUCAGAAAUCCAACCUGCAGACACACCAGCGAGUUCAUACUGGGGAGAGGCCAUUCAUCUGCUCUGAAUGUGGAAAGGGAUUCACUCGGUCAUCUAACCUACUAGCACACCAGUUAGUUCACACUGGGGAGAUGCCGUUUAUCUGCUCAGAGUGUGGGAAGGCAUUCACACACUCAUCCACACUGCAGAGACACCAGCGAGUUCACACUGGGGAAAAGCCAUUCAUCUGCUCAGACUGUGGGAAGGGAUUCACUCAGUCAUAUCAACUGAAUGAACAUCAGCGAGUUCACACUGGGGAGAGGCCGUUCACCUGUUCAGACUGUGGGAAGGAAUUCAGUCGGUCUUCAGACUUGAAAGUACAUCAGCGAGUUCACACUGGGGAGAGGCCGUUCACAUGCUCAGACUGUGGGAAGGGAUACACUCGGUCAUCUCAACUGAAGGAACAUCAGCGAGUUCACACUGGGGAGAGGCCAUUCACCUGCUCAGACUGUGGAAAGGGAUUCACUCGAUCAUCUCACCUACUGAUACACCAGACAUUUCACACUGGAGAGAGGCCGUUCACCUGCUCAGACUGUGGGAAGGGAUUCACUCAGUCAUCUCAACUGAAGGAACAUCAGCGAGUUCACACUGGGGAGAAACCAUUCAACUGUUCAAACUGUGGGAAGGGAUUCGCACGGUCAUCUCAACUGAAGUUACAUCAGCGAAUUCACACUGGGGAGAGACCAUUCUCCUGCUCAGACUGUGGAAAGGGAUUCACUCAGUCAUCUCAACUGAAGGAGCAUCAGCGAAUUCACACUGGGGAGAGGCCGUUCACCUGCUCGGAUUGUGGGAAAGAAUUCACUCGGUCAUCAGACUUGAAAGUACAUCAGCGACUUCACACUGGGGAGAGGCCAUUCACCUGCUCAGACUGUGGGAAGGGAUUCACUCGGUCAUCUCAACUGAAGGAGCAUCAACGAGUUCACACUGGAGAGAAACCGUUCACCUGCUUUGAAUGUCGGAAGGGAUUCACUCAGUCAUCCCACCUGCGGACACACCAGCAAGUUCACACUGGAGAGAAACAAUUCACUUGUUCUGUGUGAGAUGGGAUUCACUCAGUUAUGCAUCCUACAGACACACCAAUCAGUUCACACUGGGGAGAGGACAUCAGCGAGUUCACAAUGGGGAGAGGCUGUUCAACUCCUGAUUAUAGGAAGGGAUUCACUCAAUCAGUCCACUUGAAGGCACACCAGCAAGUUUACACUGGGAUAGGUACUGAACAUGGGAAGGGAUUCACUCAGUCAUCCACAAUUAUGGCACAUUACUGAGUUCACACUGGGGAAAAUGUUUACAUAAGCUACGUGCUGGAUAUCUAAUCAUCACAGUUGGUGACUCCAGAGGCAAGUUCAAAAGUGACUUAUCGUUGACCUCUGCAAUUAUUGCUGCUCCUCAUCAGAAUCAGGUUUAUUAUCACCGGCAUGUCGUGAAAUGUGUUAACUUAGCAGCUGUUCAAUGCAUACAUAAUAUAGAAGAAAAAGAAAAAAAAACAAUAAAUCAAUUACAGUAUAUUUAUAUUGAAUAGAUUAAAAAUUAUGUAAGAAGGCGAAAUAAUAUACAUUUAAAAAGUAAGUUAGUGUUCAUGGAUUCAAUGUUCAUUUAGGAAUCGGAUGGCAGAGGGGAAGAAGCUGUUCCUGAAUCGCUGAGUGUGUGCCUUCAGGCUUCUAUACCUCCUACAUGAUGUUAACUGAGAAAAGGGCAUGUCCUGGGUGCUGGGGAUCUUAAUAAUGGACUCUGCCAUUCUGAGACAUCGCUCCUUAAAGAUGCCCUGGGUACUUUGUAGGCUAGUACCCAAGAUGGAGCCAACUAAAUUUAUGACUGUCUACAGCUUCUGUCGGUCCUGUGCGGUAGCACCCCCCCCCCUUCCAAUCUCCAUACCAGACAGUGUUGCAGACUGUCAUAAUGUUCUCCAUGAUACAUCUAUAGAAGUUUUUGAGUGUUUUUGUUGGCAUAGCAAAUCUUUUCAAACUCCUUUCUUUUUCAAUCUUUUAUAUUGAGUUUCAAAUUAAUAACAUAACAAUGAUAAUGAUACAGAGAGAUCGGGAUUACAUUAAUAACGGUUAACGUAUACUGACACAGACUCGGAGUAACAUAUUUAAUUUAAACCUCCCAAUCUCUUAAUAACUGAACAUGAAAAAGAUUCAAAAAAAGAGUUUUUACCCCCUACACUAAAAAAAAAACAAAACAAAGACUGGGCUGCCAUAUUUCAUCGGUUAUGAUCAUUAUUUGUCAUUAACUCCGCUCCUCUGUACACAAACAAGAAGUUAUUAAAAAGGAUUCAGAAAAGGUCAGCUUACAUCAUAUGAAAAUGUUGAAUAAAUGGCCUCCAAUUUUCUUCAAAUUUAAGGAUCAGUGGUACCUCGCCUAAUUUUUUUCCAAGUUCAAACAUGUGAUAGUUUGGGAAAACCAUUGGAAUGUAGUAGGGGGAUUCGGAUCUUUCCAUUUAAAUAAGAUGGAUCUUCUGGCUAUUAAUGUAACAAAUGCAAUCAAAUAACAAGCUGAAGGGGAUAAAUGACUAAACUCUAUCAUUGGUGGUCCAAAAAUAGCAGUAAUAGGAUGAGGUUGUGAAUCAAUACGCAAAACUACUGAAAUAAUAUCAAAAAUGUCUUUCCAAUAUUUUUCCAAAAGAGGGCAAGACCAGAACAUAUGUGUCAAGGAAGCUACCUCAGAAUUACAUCUGUCACAGACAGGAUUUAUAUGACCAUGAAAACGAGCUAACUUAUCCUUAGACAUAUGGGCCCUAUGAACCACCUUAAAUUGUAUCAAAGCAUGUCUAGCACACAUUGAAGAAGUGUUAACUAGUUGCAGAAUUUUCUCCCAUUUCUCUGUGGGUAAAGAUACCUGAAGUUCUCUUUCCCAUUCAUUCUUAAUUUUAUCAGACAUACCUAAACGUAUUUUCUGUAAUUUCAGUUUGAUGUGAUAUCGGAAAAGUAGGUAAAAUAACCUUCAAGAAGUUUCUAAUCUGUAAAUAUCUGAAAAUAUGUGAUCUAGGCAGAGAGGGGAAGAGGAGAGUACCACCGAUGUGGCAGAGAGGGCCUCAAGAUGGCUGUGGCUCAAAAGAGGGGAGCCAUGGAGUCAUAAGUAGCUAGCCAUCUGGACACAAGUUGGGGUCUGAUCAGCCCCGGCUGGGUCACCUCGAGGAGGUUGUGUGAUGUUGAAAGACCCAAAACACCCGAUGAUUCCAGGAACAUCACUGAAGAUGUGUCCAGAAGGAUCAGUAGAUGUAUGUACACAGUUUAUUAGACAACUGUUCAAAGGAGAUGAGACAAUUCUCCAUGAAUAAAUCACGAAAACAUAUUAUUCCCUUUGUUUUCCAUAAAAUAAAAGCUUGACCAGUUCUGGAUGGUUGGAAGAAAAAAUUGGAUGUAAUAGGACUUGAUAGGCUAAAUUUAUUCAAUCCAAAAAAUUUACGAAACUUAAACCAUAUUUGUAUGGUAUGUUUAAUUAUUGGAUUAAUCGUUUGUUUAUUCAGUUUAGUAAGUACAAAGGAAAGCAAAGCCCCUAAAAUAGAAGCCAAUGAGAACCACUGUACAGACUCACACUUGAGGUUCACCCAUCGUGGACAUUGAAUUUCAUCCAACGUUGUGUCCAGAAUGUUAGAUAUUGAAUAUUAAUUGCUCAGUAAUAGAAUCUAAAGUUGGGCAAUGCCAAACCGCCAUCCUUGUUUGAUUUCUGUAAAUAUUUCUUACUUAAUCUGGGAUUUUUAAUCUGCCAUAUAUAUGAAAAAAUUUUAGAAUCAAUAAUAUCAAAAAAGGAUUUAGAGAUGAAGAUUGGUACUGCCUGAAAUAGAUACAGAAAUUUAGGUAAAGUAAUCACCUUAAUAGCAUUGAUUCGACCAAUCAAUGAUAGGGACAAUGGGGACCAUUUAGUAAGCAGUUGUUUAACAUGAUCAAUUAAGGGUAAAAAGUUAACUUUAAAUAGAUCCUUAUGCUUCUUAGUAAUUUUAACACCCAAAUAAGUAAAAUAAUCAGUAACUAGUCUAAAUGGUGAUUGUCUAUAGAUUGGAACUUGCAUAUUUAAUAGCAAAAGCUCACUGUUAUUAAGAUUCAAUUUAUAACCAGAAAAACUACUAAACUGAGCAAUUAGUGGAGUAAUAUUACUGCAGGGAUGGAUUUCUCUGGAUUAGAGAUAUAUAGUAACAGGUCAUCUGCAUAUAAUGAUACCUCAUGCGUCUCAUUCCCACGAAUAAUGCCAAAUAUAUUGGGUGAAUCACGAAGAGCGAUUUCCAAGGGCUCCAAGGCAAUAUCAAAUAGUAAAGGGCUUAAAGGACAGCCCUGUCUAGUACCUGGAAAAAGCCUAAAAAAGGGGAUCUCUGAUUAUUAGUAAGUACAGAAGCCAAAGGUGUAUGAUAUCCCGUUUACUUCAAACUCCUAGUGAAGUAUACCCAGUGCUGUACCCUGGUCAGGAGAGCAGUUUCUUUGGGCUAAAAUUAAAUUUCUCAAGGAUGUUAAAUAAAUAUUCCCAUUCAAUUCUAUCAAACGCCUUCUCGGCAUCAAGCAGAAUAACACAUUCUGGAGUUUUAGAUGAAGAAGUAUAUACAGUGUUCAUCAACCUAACAUUAAAAUAUGAAUAAUGAUUUUUAAUAAAUCCUGUCUGGUCAUCAGAGACAAUUUGUGGCAAUACAUUUUACAAUCUAAUGGCUAAUAUUUUGGAAAAAAUUUUGGAGUCCACAUUUAACAAGGAUAUAGGUCUAUAUGAUGCACAUUCAGUGGGGUCUUUAUCUUUUUUAGGAGUUAAAGAUAUAGAUGCUUCAUAAAAAGAUUGUGGUAAUUUACCUACAAAUAAGGCACCCUUAAAAAUUCUACAUAACCAAGGAGAAAGUAGACUUGAAAAAGAUUUUAAAAAUUCUACUGUAUACCCAUCCAGGCCGGGUGCUUUACCAGAAUUCAUCAAGGAAGUUGCUUUCUUUAUUUCUUCUUCCAUAAUGGGUGCAUCUAAUGUUAAACAUUCAUUAAGUGGUAAUUUCAGAACAUUCAAUUUUCUUAAAAAUUCAUGCAUUAUGGUAGAAUCGUCAGGAAAUUCUGAUUGGUAUAAAGAGGUAUAGAAUUCUUGAAAAGAUUUAUUAAUUUUGUCGUGGUCAACAGUCAAAGUACCAUCCCGUUUACUUCAAACGCCUAAUGAAGUAUACCCAGUGCCGUACCCUGGUCAGGAGAGCAGUUUCUUCUAUUGAUGCUCACCUUUUAUGGGACUGGAGUUUAGUAUUCUGGAUCUGUGAGAAAUAAAUUUUAAACUCUUUUAAACUACUUUAAACUCUGUCUCAGGUACCUACUGAAUUUACAACACAUCCAGUACACAGUAGGGAGUCAACUCAGCCCUCUGGUCCCUGUCAGUGUUUCUAUUCCACAACAGUCCUUUUAAAUCUAUUCCUGCAUUCACCCCUUGCUCUGCCUGUGGUGAUGGGUUGCAAACGGUCACCACUCUGUGGGUGAAGAAGUAUUCCCUUGAAUUUCCUACGUGACUUUCUGCAGACUGAAGAAGACGAGCUGUCUGCAGUUAUGUCUGACAUGACUUUUGUUCCUCAAACAUCUCAGCCAAGGAUAAAUGACAUUGGAAAUUAACCUCCUUGUUCCCUGUUCAUGUCAAAGUUAUGGGUCAUUUUCACUGCUUCUGAAGGGUUGCCUGUCACAAGCUGGGUUGUUAAAAUACAUCACUGUUCAACAAAGUCUGAAAGCUGAAAAUAGACAACAAGUUGGAUGUUCAGUAGAGCAGGUCAGAAACCAGGGAUGGGUCAGCACAGGGUAGACAUUGGGGCUCGGAGGCGGGCUGUGACAACAAAUGACAAAUAGUAGCAUCUGGCAGUUGAUUGACAGAAUUAAAAGGUUGAUUUUUGUUUGUUGACGCACUGCCUGUUGACAAUGAGCUUAUUACUUGUGGGCACUUGCUGAAUUCUCAUAAAAGUGUUGACUGGAUUGUUGCCAUUUGGCAGAAGGGAGGUAAUGCUUGUAAACACUUUCACUGGCACUGUUCUUACCCAGAAAUCUCUGAGCAUCACAGUGUACUUUCAAUGUGAAUCAAGUGCACAGGUGCUGAGAGUCUGUUCGAUCCGACUGUUUAAUUCUUAUUUUCUUUACAGUUUAACUGUUAAUAAUCUGCUUUCAUUUUAAGUAGUGUUUAUAUGCAGAACUGUGUAAUAUAAAAGUGUAAUUCUGGAGCUUUUUUUGUACUUCAUUAAGUGACUAAGUGUUUUCUGAUAGGUUGAUUUUUACUGCAAUAUUCACUAAGUACUUUCUAAUUGGGUUAUUGUUAUCUAUAGAUUUGAGUGGAAUUUUUCUUCUCUUUGAGUAUAAAAGUAGUUGUUUUAUGCUAGGUGCCAUAUCUUUAAUUUUUCUCUCCAAGUAGUAGACCUUGUCACUGCUCCUUUCCUGUUCUAUCAACUUUUAAUAAAACUAUC